GUCCAAGCGAAACCAAGCCCCGUGAGGCGGCCGGUUACGGACUCGGACGACGAAGGUGCACACUUCUUGCCAGCGCGGGAAGAAGACAUGGAACGAGCCACCGUCGGACGUCAUCCACCACUGCCCAAAGUGGGAGGACUUAGCAAACCCUCAUCGCUGCAGAAAGUCAGCUCCACCACGUCGAAGCCAAACAAAUCUUGGCCAAGAGUCCAGGUAGGGACUUGGACGACGAGAGUGUGCACUUCUGCCGUCGGGGAAAGACGACGAACUAUGAGCCACCGUCAGAUGUCAUCCACAACUGUCCCAAGUGCAGUGAUCAAUCAGACGUUCCAUAGAUCCCUCGAAAACAUCAGACGCAAGCCCCCUCCCUCCUCCCUCAACAAGAGCGCGGCUACGCGCGGCCUUGCGGACCAUGACCAUGGUAGCUGCGACGACCAUUUCACCCUGAACACAGUACGGGGAGCCACGACCAGAAGCGUGGCUACACACUGCGGCACAGCGGUACGCGAUGACGGGCGUUGGCAUGCCGGAGGAGCUCGCAGAGAAUUUCCAUUGGGGACUGUCCCAAUCUCUCGGCGGGCUACCUUGUCUGCUUAAUGUACCCAAUCAUCUAAAUCUGGUUGAUGAAGUCGCGAUACUCAGAUGGUGAGUGGACCAGCGCCAUGGUAUCUCCGGAAAGUCUUGAGCUAGUCACCGUAUGGGCUACCCAAACCUCAAUAAUCCAGCGUUGUAUCCGAUGCCCUCAAAUGGGUCGGCCGGAAAGCCGGUCAACG